AAGGACGCAAGAAGCUCUCGUCAGGCUCUGCCGCAGCCCACGCAACGCACUCGCUCCCACCUCUCGCUUUUUCUCUACACCCAAACAAGCGAAAUGGCCGCCGUGUGCGUCUCCUCCAAGGCCGUGGCCGUCCGCCCGGCGACCCGCGUGGCUUCGCGCCCCGCUGCUCGCAUGGUGGUCCGCGCCAGCGCUAAGCCCGCUCAGAUCAGCGAGAAGGCCAUCGCCGCUGGCGUGAGCGCUGCCGCUGCCGCCUCGCUGGCCCUGGCUCCCAUUGCCGAGGCUGCCGUGACCCCCUCUCUGAAGAACUUCCUGGGCUCCCUGAUUGCUGGCGCGACCGUCCUGGGCGGCAUUGCCCUGGCCAUCACCGCCGUGUCGAAGUUCGACAAGACUAUCCGCUAAAUGUUCGGCUCGCUCGAUCAUCGUGGACGCGAGUGUUUAGUGCAGCUUUAGAUCGGAGGCACGGAGCGCUCUUGCAGCAGCGGUGGCGCUCUGUGGACGUCAGCAGCUGGAGUUCAGCAGCUGAUCUAGGAGGUGUUGGCGGAGGAGCGUACGCAAGCAUGCUUGCGGGCGAGGGCGGACCGCGCGAUGUCGCGCGGGCGUGAGGUCUGUCAUCGGAUUCGGGCGACGUGGUAUCUACUGAGGGGCCGGGUACUCGCGUUGAGGAUGUUUUUUGCGUGUGUAUCAUAUGCGCUGACUUAUCGCAGCGCAGUGGAGAUAAGUCUAGUUAUUGCGACGUAACUGCCGUGUUGCGUUAGAGUCACGCACGGCGCAGGACGCUCGGGCAACGGGCUCCGCGCCCUUGCUUCAUGGACAAUGCGCCGCGUACGUGUUCUUAUGAUACGGCCUGUGCGCCGCAAGCAACGGGCUCCGCACCCUUGUUUUAUGGACAAUUCACGGCAUACGUGCCCGUAUGAUGUGACCUGUGUGCCGCAAGCAACGGCUUCGCACCCUUGCUUUUGGGUAAUAGAUGGCAUACGUGCCCUUAUGAUACGACCUGUGUGCCGCAAGCAACGGGCUCCACACUCUUGCGUUGUGGAUUAUAGACGGCAUUGAAAUGCUUACGUGCCUUCGUUGUACAUGCCUUUGCGUUGUGGACAAUGUGUGGUCUGAGCGCCACGUUCGGAUACGGCGUGUGUGCCGCCAGCAACAGGCUUUGCGCCUCGCAUCAUGUGUCUUGCGAUAUGGCCUGUGUGCCGCAUGCAAUUAUGCUGCCUGCCCUGUCGUUAUGGACGCUUCGACUUGUUGCGUGCCCUGCUGCGUGCCCUGUCGCAAUACGCCUUGAGUGUACCGUGCACGGCAAGCCUGCGCCUCGCUAUUGCUUCGUGUUGACAACGGAGCGGGCUUACGUGAUCAUGCGUCACCCUGUACGUCUUGAGGUCCGCACGCACAUCAUACUAUCACGCGGCACCACCCUUGUAGUUUGGCUGACGCACCCCAAGCCAACCUAUAUGCAUUCGAUGUGUGCACUAGGCCCAAGUGCCGAAUUUGUUUUUCCGGAUAUUUCGCCCUCACUGCCGUGGCGUACGGUAUCGGCACGUACGGGACAUUGUGUGCAUGCAUCCCCGCGGCGUUUGGAGGCAAACAUUCACGUGCGCGCCUGUCCUGCGUCCGCCGGGGUGAUGCUAUCUAUGGGUGUACCUACUGCUUGAUUGGUAGUGACUCUUAUGCAAGACACUGCAAAUCUCAAGCAUGGCACCUAGCUAGCAAGAAAGAAAUUAGUGUUCGUGGCCAUGCUGCACGGCUGGGCAUGGCUGCCCGCAUCCUACACCACGACGGCGCGGGUGAACGAAGGGCAGGUUGCCGCGCGUGACUCGCGUACGUAAAACCGCUCUAGUGUUGCAACUCGCGCCUUCUCCUGCGUGGCGCAUGUUGGCUAGCCUGUCCCAGCUUCGAGUCACGACGUUGUUAUUAUUCCCAAGGUUGUUCCGAGCAGCCUACAACGUCAACACGUGUUAUGGCAUGGCCCUGGGGGCCGGUAGAGAGUACCGAGGUCUCCAGUGGUUCGUGCCAACACGUGCCAACACGCACUGUUACCUUUCCUGGGCACACGGACGGCCACAGCUGCCCACAAGCCACACACCUGAACAAGGAUGCAUGUGUUUCCCUGUAACGCCCCGGCGUCGUCUGCAUGGCUGGCGCACGCGGGAUAACGCAUGUGUGUUUCUGUCGUGGCCAUUGGUGCACCUGAUACGUUUCCAAUAUCCCCAAGCACGAAGCUCGUUCUAUUGACCGCUGUUGAGUGUGCAACUAGGACCGUACGUUCGUGCGCAAGCUAGGCGAUGGGCGGAGCGCUCCGCGGUGUUCGAGACACAUGAUUUCGGUAGCGCAAGGGCACGAACGCCACCGCCAUCACCGCCGACCGCACCUUGGUUUGCAUGACCGGCCGUUGGGCCAAGCGCUUUGCGAGAAGAGCUGCAUACGCGAAGCCAAUCAAGCCCAGCCACCAGGGCUGCCGUCGCCCGCACCAUGACCUCCCGGCGUUGAGGACUACUACCAAACUCUGGCAGCACUUUCGGCCACUAGUGCAACCUCAACACGGGCGGGCUGGGGCGGGCACGGCGGACUUGGUGGGGUUAUCGGGAGCUGCGAGGCCGGAGGUAGGAGGCCGCUGAGGGCCACGAAUGAGUUGCUAGGCCGCUUGAGGCAUGAGUGGAGGCUAUUGUCGGUUUGAGAGAUUGGGAUUGUCGUUUGGGGCCGUGGCGGUUUGUAACGCUACACGGCAGUAAGGAGUCAAUAAGGCCAUGCACAUUUUUUCCAUCGUGUCAUCGAGAAGACCAAACAAUUUGGCACGGUAAACGUGCUUGGCCGAUGUAACUGUUGUGGCCCCUCAAUAUCAUGCUGCUGCGUCCGGUGCCGCUGGGGUGGUUGGUGGGAGAGGGCUCGGGCAGCACGCCACCCCGACCAGGGUACGGACAGGUACGGGUGUCAGCGAGCCGAGGGAGAGGGGUCGGCAAGACCCAGCAUCAAGAGCUGGGCUGGAGGCUCACCGUCGCAUCUCGCAGCUACCCCUUGGUUGCCUUGUUACGGGGACGAAAGAAGGACCAAAGCAGAC